AUGCCUCGGAUUGGUCACUCUCCACAGAGGUUACUCGGUCUCGGACUUGGGCGACCACUCAAGGGAAACUCGCGCAAUUCUUCACACUUCUUUCAGGCGAGAAUGGUCGCGACGUACAGUGACAUGCAAGGCAAAAUCGCAUUGGUCACAGGAAUCGGCCAGGCUCAUCAGUCCAAGGACCCAAACAUAUGGGGAAACGGCGCUGCAACAGCUCGGCUGCUAGCUCGAAACGGGGUUAAAAUCGUAGGAUGCGACCUCGAUAUCAAAGGGGCUGAAACUGCUAAAUCGAGAAUCCUGUCCGAAAACCCUGGGGCGUCGGUCGAUGUGUUUGCAACGGAUGUGACUCAAUCGACGCAAGUGAAAGACUUGGUUGCGGCCGCAGUGGAAAAAUAUGGGCGCAUUGACUAUCUGAUCAACAACGUCGGCCUGUCGCGUCCUGGAGGUCCUGUGGAAUUGACCGAAGAGGCUUUCGAGCAGCAACUCAAGGUCAACCUGACGUCGGCCUUCCUCUGCUGUAAGCAGGUUCUUCCUGUGAUGGUUAAGCAACAGUCCGGCUCCAUAAUCGCCACCAGCUCGAUCGCUGGCUUAGGCUACAUGGGUAAAGCGCACAUUGGAUACGCAACCACCAAGGCAGCGCUGUUAAAUUUUGCAAAAUGCGUUGCUGUGCAAUACGCACCCUGGGGAAUCAGGAUCAACGCCGUCAUCCCUGGCCUGAUCGCGACGCCAUUGGUCGAGAGACUAGCUGAUGAAUACCACGAGGGCAACUACGAAGGUCUCAUGAAACAGAGAGGGGGAGGUGUUCCUCUGGGCCGACAAGGCACCGCGGAUGAGGUAGCUAAUGCUACUCUGUUUCUCCUUUCCGACGCUGCCAGUUAUAUCACGGGCACGAGCCGGACUGUAGAUGGAGGCACUACCGCCGUGGUGUGUAAUUAUGGGUAG